AUGGUGAAUAUGAGAACUUCCAUCGUUUGGUUGUCACUUUUAGCGACCAGGGCUACUGCACUAUCUACAUCUUCAAGUUACGAUGAAAUACCCACCGUUAUUCCCGUCACCCCAGCGACAACUCCAGGGCCUGUGGCCCGAGGGGUAUUAGUGCCCGAGGCUGUGACUGUGACUGUGACUAUAGGAGUGACCAUCGGUGUUGGGGCUGGUCAGAUUCAUACCAUCACGAACACCGUGACAAAUAUCAUCACAAACACCAUAACGUGCACUGUCAUAGAUAAAGUUACAGAUACGAUCACAAAUACCAUCACGAAUAUUCAGACCGACACAGUGACAGAAACUAUUACCAACCCCGGAAGCGCGACUAAGACUGAGACUGUCACAGAAACCACUACCAGGACUGUAAGUGAUGAGGCAAGUGCUACAGUUACACAGACUAUCACCAAUACUAUUACGGACUCUGCAACGGAGACUAUCACUCAAACAGUGAGCGGUACAGGAGGCACAACGGUGACAGAGACUAUAAGUGCCCCUGCAACCACAGAGACUAUCACUCAAACACUGAGCGGUACAGGAGGUACAACAGUGACGGAGACUAUAAGUGCCCCUGCAACCACAGUAACAGAUGUUUCUUCAACAACAAUAACAGUCGGUCGGUCAACGACCACAAUUAUCACGACAUCAACAGUCAACGCAGGUGAAUCCACAGUCACUCUACCUGGGUCAACCGUCACAGUUUCAGGGACAACCGUAGCUCUAGCUGGAUCAACUGUCACCGCCCCAGGAACAACAGUGGCAAGGCCUACAAUUGUGAUAACUGAAACCGCCCCAAGGACUGUAUCAACAAUUCCUGCAUCUACAAUUACAACGGUCCUUACUAUCCCUGCUAGCACCGUGACAUUGCAAGGGGGUACCAGUAUUAUUUCAGGCUCAAGUACAACUACAGUCAUCACACAACCUCCUAGCACAGUAACCCUUCCAGCAACCAUCAGAACAGUCCCCGUGACAGUCACCAGUGUUGAGUCCGGGUCGGGACGUACGGAGACACAAAGUUCAGGAAGCACCGUGACUCUUAGCGUGUCAGUUUGCUCGACACUAACUAUCAACCCGACCUAUACACCUCCUUCGAGGCUACCAGCAGACUACACUUGGGGUUGCCCACCGGGCUUCCUUUGUUCCCCAUCUCACACCGGUAGCAGGGCUGGGUGCAAUGUCGAAGCUGGACUUCCUGCUGAAGGCUACAUUUGUGCCCCAUCUGAUUGUAUUUCAGCCCCGCCUUUGAUAUUCAACCAAUCCUGGGCAUCUGAUACAAAUGGCCACCGUUUCAAUUUCUCUCGAGAUUAUUACAACCUGAACCCAGAGGAAUUCGGUCUGAAGUAUGAUAUCUUCCAAACAGGAGAAGAGCACAAUGCGACACAGAAUAAACGAGACAUCCUGCCCUCGCAGGGCGUUUCAUCGGGCGUAUUUUUGGGCUCUGUAGAGCGCAGAGAUAUAUCAGACAUCCCGGGCGUAUGCUAUAACGAUUGCAAUGAUGCCGCACUAGAGCAACAAGCCACUGGAAAAAAGCCAGAGCUAUGUCAAACUGAUUCUGUUUAUCUACUGGAUAUUGGAAAUUGCAAGACGUGUAUCGGCCAUUAUGCGAGCUCCUCGUCAGAUGCAUUCUCGUCAUUGCUACCAUCGUUUGCUCAAUUCCUGAAUUAUUGCUCUGACCUGACGACGACAUCAACGACUUCGACCAGCGCAGUUGAGACAAGCCACACUGAUAAUGGUGACACAACAACGUCGACAACAUCAACCAGUGCAGUCCAAACAAGCCCCACCGAGAGUAUUGCCACAACAACAUCGAACAGUGAAGUGACAGAAUCAAUGACGCACAGCACCACUAGUAGGAAAUCAAGCACAUUCGCAAGUUAUUCAUCUGAGAUGACGGCCUCGACGACAAUCACUGGUAUAACAACAAUCACUGGCUCAGUGGCGGGUACAGAAUCAGACAGCACCAGUAGACCAGCUAGCAGCACCGACUCAUUGAUAAUCACAGGCUCAACAAUGAUUGUCGGUUCAACCACAAUAAUCGGCCCUACAACGAUUAUCGGGUCAGUGACCACCGAGAACUCAAAUCACUCAGGUGUGUCUAUUACACAUGGAGGUACUGGGCAAAGCGGCACAAAGUCGAGUUCCACGAUUAUAGAGUGCAAGACGACCAUCAUUGGGCCUAUGGACGAGAGCCAGUCUACAGUGACGAUGACUCAAACAAGUGAUGACCCAAACGAAACAUCCACAUCAACCCUUGGAAGUUCCACCAAUGAUCAAAACAAUCUUACCACAACUACAUCGCUGAAUGUUGCACGCGGUAGGACGGAGAUUUCGAAUGGAUCUCUGUUGGGUCUGUUUCUGACUGUUGUGGCACAUUUGCUUUGA